AUGGAGCUGGCGAGUCAACUCCAUGCCAUCAUGAACCAUGUGAAGCAGCCCUUCGCCCUGGUCACCAAUUUUCGCAAUGAAGCCAUGCCGUCCCUACACAAAGUGCAGGGGAUAGGCAACACGCAGUGGGGACAGGCUGACGUCCUCAAUGCUCUCCAGGACCUCACUGGCUCCAUGGACGAGAAGCUCAAGUUGACACCGCCAAUGCCUACCAAAGCCCCUCCACCGUCGCCUCCCGCGAGUUCGGCACCAACAACUGCACCGCCGACCUCGACUACGGGAACCUCGCCAACCCCAGCCGCACCGACGCCAGCCUCUUCGAGCGCAACACCCACGGUGCCCUGUGGUCAGCCUCAGUCGUUCGGUCCCGCCAGCAACUCCAGCUUUUUGGGAAUAUGA